AAUGCGUUUGAGCCUGAUUGAUAAUGCGUUUGAAUGGAGAAGGCGAGAGAGUUUCUGGAGAAAUACACCACCGGCGAAGCAGCCGAUGAGGUGUCGCGGCUCCGCUUGCCUCCCCACCGACCCCUCGCCGAGUCCAGCUUCUACGAGUGCUUCGGCGGCAGAGGCGUCCGCCUCCACGUGCUCCGCCCGGAUUUAAUCUCAUCCUCUUUCAGAGUGCCUCCCCGUCUCCUCGGUGGAGAUGGCAACCUAACUAUGGGUGCGAUCAGCACUCUAGUUGAUCUUUUAGGAGCUGCGGUGGCGUACCAGGGUGAUGAUUCCUGGAAUCUAUCAGCUGACAUUUCAAUCUCCUUUAUCUCGCCUGCCAAACUGGAUGAUGAACUGGAGAUUUUGGCAAGGUGUUUAGGACGACGAGGUGGCUACUCGGGAACGCACGUGCUCAUACGAAACAAAAUAACUGGAGCAGUUGUUGCUGAAGGCCGACAUUCAUUAUUUGAUGCUCGCAGCAAUUUGUGAAGACGCUCUUGCAUUCACAUGCUUGCUCUUAUAUAGUUAUAUACUCAAACUUUCCAAAUUUACAUAAUGCUAUAAUAAAUGGAAUUUUAAGGGGUGUUCAGUUUGCAAGAUUGUAUCUCGAUAUUAAAUAUGUAGUGUUUUUGGUUAAUGAGAUUCAA